CUCCCGUUCAGCUCUCUUCGUCCCUCUCUCGUCUCUCGUGGCCCUUCCUUUCCUGGCGGCUGGCGGCGCCGACUGGGUGAGCAGCGACGCCCGUCGAGACGUCUUCGCCGAGUUUUUCGCCGGCGAAGAGGACCCACCAGGAUAAUGGCUCAUCGUGGACACCUAGAUGGACUGAGUGCCCAAGCUGCAGGUCUGAUGCGCCAUGGUUCCUUCGCUGCAGGCAGCCUCUCUAGCCGCUCACCAUUGGACUCUUCGUCCACACUGGAGAUGCUGGAGAAAAAGCUUGCCAUGCAGACUGCAGAGGUAGAAAAGCUUAUCAGGGAGAAUCAGCGGUUAGCAACAAGCCAUGAGGUCUUGAGGCAGGACAUUGUUGAUACAGAGAAAGAGAUGCAGUUGAUUCGCACCCACCUAGGCGAAGUUCAGACAGAGACUGAUUUGCAGAUUAGAGAUCUAUUGGAGAGAAUCAGAUUGAUGGAGGCAGACAUACAAAGUGGCGAUGCCGUAAACAAGGAGCUUCACCAAGUGCAUAUGGAGGCAAAGAGACUUAUUGCUGAAAGGCAGAUGCUAACCCUUGAGAUAGAGAAUGCGAAUAAAGAAAUACAGAAACUUUCUGCCUCAGGUGACAAUAAAAGCCUUCCUGAAUUGCUUGCUGAGCUAGAUGGGCUACGGAAAGAGCAUCAUAAUCUACGAUCUCAAUUUGAAUUUGAGAAAAAUACAAACGUCAAGCAAGUUGAGCAGAUGCGGACAAUGGAAAUGAACCUGAUAACCAUGACUAAACAGGCUGAGAAGUUACGCACCGAUGUGGCAAAUGCUGAAAGACGGGCACAGGCAGCUGCAGCUCAAGCAGCAGCACAGGCGGCUGGUGCCCAGGUUGCAACUUCACAGCCUGGGACAGCACAGGCUACAGCAGCGUCAGCAGCAGCCACAAACCCAUACGCAAGUGCAUAUGCCAAUUACCCCACAGCAUAUCAGCAGGGAACCCAGCCAGGGGAAUAUCAGCAGGGAACCCAGGCUGGGGCGUAUCAGCAAGGAACCCAACCUGCGGUGUAUCAGCAGGGAACCCAGGCCGGGGCAUACACCUAUGCUUACGAUGCUGCUACCGCUUACCAAAUGCAUGCUGCGCAAGCUAGCGCAUAUGGAGGCUACUCUGGCUAUCCAGUUGCGGGCUAUACGCAAAGUGCAGUGCCCAAUUAUCCUGCAGCCUAUGCUGUGCCUCCACAACCCAUUAACAGUGGUGCAGCAACGGAUGUCACGAACCUGUAUGGCGCGAUUGGUAUCACUGGAUAUCCUGCUGGGCAAGUUCAGCCGAGCAGUGGCACUGCAAAUGCAGCGCAAGCACCUCCACCACCACCUCCACCGACAACACCAUAUCCCAGCACAUAUGACCCAGCAAGAGGAGCCCAGAGGUGAAAUCCGGGAUGUAAACCAGAUGACUGCUUGCCAUGACUCUCUCGUAUGUCCCUGAUGUAGAUUAACUCAUUGUACCGUUAUGUAGAUGCGGCCGCAGAUAGCUUUAAUGACAUCCGCGAAGAGUCGAUGUAUGCAUUGUUGGUGCUUUGAGUUGAUUGGUCUAACUGUCAGUUAAGGGCGAUCCAAUCAGCAUGUGGCGUUGUUAAAGCUAUAAAAACGUGGCAUUGUCAUCC